AAAUUGUUAUCUGUAAAGUACUCGUAUGGAAAAUAAGCGCACUGGCGGCACUGCGCAUGCAAUGCAGGCGAAGACGAAGCACGGCUUUGUAAACUUGAGCUUACCGUAAUAGUGCAAUUGUAGUAUUUAAUAGCGUUUACAAUCUUUCGCUAUUACCGGAAGGCUGAUCAACAAUCGGUCCGUAUAUGCGUGGUACUUUGCAGAAAAGAAGACAAUGAACUUUUUCUAGAUGGAUUCUUUCUCAGUCGGCGAUAUGCAACAGUUGGUAGAUUGUUUGCUUGCUCUUCGUGUUAUGACUGUCAUCUGUAAUCUAUCGUUCAUCUUUCGGCGUGAUUUCAGUUGUCGUCCAUCGUGAAUAAUUUAUUUACUCGCUUGGCAUUGUUUACGGAGUAAAUAUUAUUAAGUACUUGAAAUCUGAUCAUGGAAACCGCUGCUUGUCUGGAAGAUAUGCCCUUAGAAGUUCUGCAAAGAAUUGGACAUUUCAGUGGCAGUGUGGAGCUGUCCCAAAAUGUUCGGCUUGUCAACAAAUGGCUACUGCAGAUUUUCUCAGAUGAGUCAUACUGGGAACAGCGGAUGAAGCAGCGGCAUCCAUACAGGUUCAGUGCUUUAAGCAAAGUCAAAGCCGCAACGGUACACCCCAGUCCAGACUUCUGGAGAAAAGCGCACGUGUUGUUCGAAAGAAAAAACCGGAUUUUUAUUGAUAAUUCCAUCGGUUGUGCACAGUUGUGCCCAUGGAACGUCAACAAUCAACACAAACACUUUUGGACUAUUGCUAGCGUAGCCUUCUGCAACGAAGGAAAGUUGAUCGCCGCCGGUUGUAGCGAUCCAAACAGCAUCAUUCUGUGGAAUGUGGCUGGUGUGGAUAGAGAGCUUCCGGUUCCAGUAAUUGACCAGGGCACUUUACACACGAACAAAGUGUCGUCGAUUCGAAACGAGAGAAAUGUUUUAAGUACUGGUUCCUGGGAUAAAAGCAUCCUAUUAACGGAUCUCACUGCUGGCUUGGCUCAUGGGACUAUAGCUCGAUUACGGACGGAAAACACCAUUGAAUCUCACGAUCAUCAUAGUAAUCUCCUUGUAGCGGGAAGUACAGAAGGAUUUUGUGAGUUUUUCGACGUAAGGACCUCUCAGUGCUUUGCCAGGAGACGCUUUAUCAGCGAUCCUUCUCUCCUGGACAAUAGCAGCUGCCGAUUGGUGAAGGCGUUAAUCGCAGACGAACGAUCGGUAGUGGUUUCCGGAUGGGAUCAAAGACAGCGAUUGCUCAAGCUGUUCGAUAUACGAAGCAUGCAAUAUAUUUCAUCCACUCUCCUUCCGUACGGAAAUGGUUCUGCAGAUGCGCAGACAUUGGGAUCCAUGAUGUCCAAUUCUCUGCCUGAAAUGCAAAUAAACGAUGGCUUUUUAUGGUGCAGCGCCGAAAACAACUUGUGGCAAUAUCGUGUUACCGACUCGUCAUUAGAUCUGCUCUUUCGAAAUACGUUCGAUGAAGACAAUUUUGGACGGAUCGUGGGAAUGCACAAUGGACAUGGUCACGUGAUGCUCGUGCGGGAAAGUCCGAAGUCGGUUAUUUUGGGCGCACAGGGCACGUACUUGAGCACCAUGUAUGAAAGAAUUCGGGAUAGUGAAUAUCGCACUCUGUGGGACAAUGCCGCUCCCGCUUAUCGCAGAGGACAUAUUGCAACGGCGUUUGACGAAGUGACCUGCAAAUUCGCGAUGGCCAUGUCGGAUGGUUUUGUAUCGGAUCGAAUAACGUUACAUUUUCCAUUGGAGUUGAAAAAUAAUACAAGCGUUUAAAAUGGAGUAAAGAGUGGCACAAGAUUGUGACAAGAAUUCUGGCUGUUGAAAAUCUUCAUCACCGCGCGCAAGUUGGCAUGGAACACAGUCAGGAAAUUAUUUUGUUAUUAUUUUGUUGUGUAAAUUAUUUUUUUUACUUAACUUGUUGCACCUCAUGUUAUGUACAGUACUUUUGUACAGGCUUCACAGCAUAUCAAAAAUUUAUUUUAUUGUAUUACUGUACUUGAUAAAAUAACCAGAGUAUUCAUCCAAGUUCACACUUUACAGUACCGCGACGACAAGACUGGAAGAAACGACGCUGAAAUUCCCUUCGAACGCGAAAAUAAAAACUCACAAACGUCUUAACUCGAGAAGGCUGAAUCAAAUUACCAUAGAAAUUCUCAUCAAGUAAAGAUGACAUUGUUGGCCGGCUAUGGGAGGCCGACCAAAAGGACGAAAAGGUGGCGCAUACUGCGACACUUGAGACUCCCGUCGGCUGACACUCGCACUGCCAGGUGCCGGCACAUCCGGUAGCCGACGUCCACCAGUGCGUGCGCUUCCACUGGGUUGUGGCUGUGAGGUGGGCGGUUGGGGCAGGACGCGACCAGGCCUACCCGGACCAGGCUCAGUCCGGGACAGGCGCCGGCCGUGCGGAGCCGGCUGCAGCGUGAUGGGCAUAUCGAUGCCGGUGUCCAGGCUGUCCUCCGGUACCGACAGCGAAGAUGACUGCUGCGCUUGAUUACUACCCGACUGCGCCUGUCGGCCUCGUCGGUCUGAAGGAGAACGCCGAAAUACUGAGCGCCGAUUGGAAGCCCCUCCCUCGCCCAGGUGACCCUCCUUGGAGCGUUCGCGGGGAUCGCGUAACGUGCGAACCCGGUGCUCGGGACGGACGGUGGGCUCCGGGAUGACUUCCGGUAGGGGCGGAUGCGUGCAGACCCAGUAAUUCUCCAUGUACUCCUGCAGAUGACCACAGGCGUCUUCCAGCUGAUUCUCAUCUAAAAUCAGAUCAAACAUUUCCGGUGGACAUUGGGACAGCUUCUCCGCUGUGUUGGUCUGUACGGUCAGCUGACGCGCUUGGGAUUUCCCGCGGGAUUUGAUCAGCCUCUGCAGGACUUUUUGAUUACCAAUCUUGAGGUAGACGAUGAUUGGUGCCAGCGACGUCCGGAUGACCUGCGACGGGUGAUUAAUGGUAUCACAGUCAAGCACCACCAGCUGCAUGGAGCGUGCCAACUCAAAGAUCCGCUCGAUUUCCGCCUGCACUUCCGCUAUGGUCCCCGAACGGCUGACACUCCGUUCCAUGAGCGCUCGCUUAUUGGGACUGUUCAUGAGGGACCGUUUGGCCAGGGCAAUGUCCGCCUGGACCCGUGUAAUGAUAAUCCGUCCCUCGAAGCGGUGCUUGAGAAAAUCAAAUACGGCUUUCUGCAUCAUGUCGGUGACUUCGUAUCCUUUGAGCGCGGGACCGACAACCACAACCGGCCGCAUCGUAGGCACAACAUCAUAAGGCGCAAUGGCUUCUGUCUUCUUGAAAAAAGGCUUCUUCUUCUGCUUGAGCGGCGAUGUCACCGCGCUGCUCUUGCCCGACUUGGAGUCGCUGUCCUCACCGACGGCACUGUCCCCGUUGUCCAGCUCCAGGCCCGGCGUCGGGGGUGUGGAGCUGCGGGACGUGUGUCCGCCGCGGCGGCUGGAGGAGGCCGAUUCCCCGCCGGCACCGAACGCUCCCAGAUUGGGCACGGAGCUGCUCUGGGUGUUGCGCAGGCUGGCCGGGGUGGCCUGCAGGCGGAGAUUCUCCAGUUUCAGCGGACUGGGAAUAAAUCCCACAUCGUGGUUCUCCUUGACCAGUCGGCCGAUCCACCAGUCAUUGUUGUACUUCUCCUUAAUGUGCAGGAAGUCCUUCACGGCGAAGGACACCGCGCAGCCGUGCACCGGAGAGUCGUCGUCCGCUGUGCCGUCGUAGCUGACAUUGGUGCGCACCGCAAAGGCCACCGGCUUGCUUCUAGCUUUCUCCAGCAGCUUCAACGCCUGCCGCUCGGUCUCGCGGCGGCUGACCUCUUUGUCCUCGUCUAGGGACAGUGUGGAUGACGAUCCGGUGACACUGUAACCCGCCGUGCCGCGCGGCUGGCCGAAGGACUGAUUGGCGAAUGGCUCCGACGACGACUUGUCGGCCAGAGUCAGUUUGUGCCGUUUCCAGUCGUACUCUUUGAUGGGAAUGGUCGUAUCGGUGGCCUUCUUCUCGUGUCCUACGUAAAGGUCGGCCUGGGGUUGCGAGAGAUGCCCCGCAGCCAUUCACAUAUUCAGAGACGCAGACGACGCCAUUCAGCUGCAGCACCGUGUACCCAGAGUGCACCGUCAACAUAACAUCCUCGUCUGGAAAUCGCGCGUAUAGGAAAUGACAACUGUCAUACAAUAACACUUUACGACUUCCUGGUGUGUGGAUAUGCGAUUCAAAGAACAAUUCCCAAUCCAGCAGAUUAGCUACUAAUUCUCAAUUAGACAAAGUAGCAAAUUAUACAAGAAUCACAUAAAAUCCGAUGGUUUCAUCCAAGGAAGAAAAAACAUAGACGAACGGAUGUUCCCAUUUCAAUGUGCGCUUCACUGCGUCGACGAUGUUUAAGCGCUGAAUCUAUCCGAUCACAAUCUGACGCAGUGUGUACAGCUAUACCACAGUAAAGCACACAAGGACGCGCAACAGAAUUAUAAUUAGCCACGGUUUGCUUUAACAUCCACUGCUACAGUUAGCACCAAUAUUAUGUA